CAGAUUUCAACCCAAUCCACCUCUCAGGUUCGGUCACAAAGUCUGAUGGGCUUUUCCAUCACCAUCGCCUUGUGAGAGCAGGAUGGAAACCAGGAAGAAACGCUUAUCACAUGAUGCUUAUACAGUUGCGCUCCUCGCUCCGCUGGAAGUUGAGCUCAGCGCAGUGAGGUACAUGCUCGACGAAGAGCACGAGCAGCUUCCGACUACCAAAGGUGACCCGCAACGCUACAUCCUUGGACAGCUGAGCCGACACAAUGUGGUUAUCGCAUCCUUGCCUGCCGGCUACCAGGGCACAAUCUCGGCUGCAGCCGUCGCACGGGAUCUGGCACGCAGCUUCCCGUCGAUAACACUGCGGUUACUCGUGGGUAUCGGAGGCGGCGUGCCCAGUGCUACUACCGAUGUUCGCCUGGGAGACGUGGUGGUCAGUGUCCCAUUUAUUGACGCAGCCACAAGUUAUCAUUACGACGAAACCUCGCCCGUCUGACAAUAUUAGUAUCAGAGCCGUUGAUCCGGAGCUGGAGACUAUAGGAUUCCGCCCCAAUCAGGUGAUUAACUACAUUCGCAACACACAGGUAGUGCCUGGCAUAAGCAUUUCAGAAGAGAUUGAGUUAUUUUUGCAAAAUCACACUUUAUUGCAAGGCCUCGUCCGGAUCUUAAUUCAGCUAGACACAUUAUGCUACAGCUGGGAGCGCAACCUUUGGGGCAACAGGGCACAGAUAAUGACCAUUCUCUAUUAGUCAAUCAUCUCAAAGCUCUGGAGAAAGGAUAUUCUAUAGCUGUGUAUCCGAGAUAAUCAAGGGCGCCGGCUCACAGAAGGGGCAGUAGAAGACACCCACCAGCUCGAC